AUGGCGUCCUUCAGACACAACGCCAUCUAUGCCCAUCUCAACCACUUCUGGGAUCAAGAAGAUGAGCCCCUCAUAUCCUCAUUAUCCUACUCUGGACUGGGCUACUGGGAAAUCUGUGUCAUCAUCCACAGCCACUACCUCACUUCCUCAAGGGAGCACAAUGCAAGAAUUACCUGGGGAGAACAAGGACACCACAUCUCCAUCCCCCCUGGUGCCCUCACUUGCUACGACAUCACCUUCUCUACAUUCCCCCACAUCACAAGCCAGGGACAUUACUCCACCUGUCCCUGCCACUUCACCAAGCACACCUGGCGGGCUGGGGACCAGCAGUGUGUUGAGCACAAGCUUGGGACUUGGGACAAGUCCACCCUCAGGCAUGCCGAGCACAAUGGAGACCACUGGCACAUUGAACACGACUUUGAGCACUGUGACAAGUCCACCUUCAGCUGUGUGAGCAACAUCUCAGGUGACAGCUGGGUGUCUUCAGAAGCGUCUCCCACUACAGCGGUACUCCACCUUCCCGGGAACACAGCAGUGACCAGCUUGGGGACCAUCACGUCCACACAGGAGUCCCGGUCCUCUGCCCCAGUAGGAUCAGAGACACCCAAAGGCACCACUGCAGUAGUCACCUCUUGGCUCAGUGGGGACACCUCACUUUCCACACCGGAGGCUGGCCUUUCUGAAACCACAGAGACUGAGCCACGGUCAACGUCAUCCCCUGGCCUGGAACCAUGGGAAACCAGCACAUCCCGGCACACCACCAUGGCCUCGGAGACAAUGAGUGUCCCUUCUCCAGUGUCCACUGGUACUACUGCAGAGGACUCUAGGACCCACGUCAUCUCCUCCAAGAGGACAUCCAUCCCUGGCCCUGCUCAGUCCACGAUGUCUCCAGACAUCUCCACAGGAAUCAACACCAGGCUCUCUACCUCCUCCAUCUUGACCAAGUCCACAACUAUAGCCAUGGUCCCCAAAACAGUUGUCCCUGGGACUACAUCACAGGACACAAGUAACACAGAUGCAUCAACCACGGCCUCCUGGGCCGAAAGUCACUCAGCAGGCACUCAAGUUUCUGCAAGCUCAGAAGUGACCAUUGGCAUGGACACGGGUUCUGAGGUUGUGUCACGGAAAAUCCCUGCCUCAGACUGGGACACCACAUCUCCAUCACCCUUGGUGCCCUCACUUGCCAUGACAUCACCUUCUCUACAUUCCCCCAUAUCACAAGCCAGGGAUGUUACUCCACCUGUCCCUGCCACUUCACCACGCACAAUCAUUUCCCGCUACAAGGGGACUCCACCUUUCCGGGAACACAGCAGUGACCAGCUUGGGGACCAUCACGUCUACACAGGAGUCCUGGUCCUCUGCCCCAGCAGGAUCAGAGACACCCAAAGGCACCACUGCAGUAGUAUCCUCUUCGCUCACAGGGGACGCCUCAUUUUCCACACCAGUGGCUGCUCUUUCUGA